GACGAAAAUCUGACGUCACUUUCCGAGGGCGGGGUCGUGUCGGUAGACUGGCACAUCAUCAUCAUCAUCUGAGGAUACAUUGUCGAGGCUGCAAUGAUGCACGAGCACGAGUGAGAAGAGGCGCUGCGCUGCAGGUACAGCGAGAGAUUAUUUGGUUUCACACGUAUCCCUAUAAAACCCGUUUCUCCCAUAAUGUCGGGCGGGGAUCUCCGCGUUCUUCGCCAAGAGCCAGGGCAGGAGAGCCCGAGGAUGCCGGCCUGGAAACGCGAGAUCCUUGAGCGGAGAAAGGCGAAGGGCGGCGGAGCAGGUGCCGAGUCCGUCGCAUCUCGACUUAACGGCGAAGUAACGGCCAGCAAAAGCAAGGAUGAUAUCACCGGCGCACAUGCUAGCACGAACUCUACCAUUACCGCUGCCAAGCGCGCGACCAAAAGCCCGGAUCUGUCACCGGUGAAAACAAAAGAGCACUGGCCAUCUGCGGACCCGAGCCGCACGGAGGAGAGAACGGCGAGAGACAUCAGAGCGCAGGAGAGCCUGGUAUUGCAAGAGAGCUUGGGUCCGCUGCAGGAAAACCCAUUCAUUAAACUGGAAAAAGAACGCAAGAAGCGUCAGAGCCAAGAGAACGCCGCGCGACCUGUUCAGCACAUCCUCGAGUUAUACGGCAGCGUUCCCGGGAUACGGACUAUACGCGCUGAGAAUAUCAUCAUCAUUGAAUCCGACCCGGAGUACUUUUCGGAAGGAUGUGGUUUGAAACAUGCAUCGAAACUGCAGCAGAACGGCACGGUGAGCGGCUAUAGCUCUCUCAAUGACCUGUUGGACCGAAGAGGUAGUCCGGUUACUGAGAUACGCGCGAAGGAAGUGGUCAUUUACGAUACUGCACUUAGUAAAAGCGAGGAGAACCUCAGCACGCUGGGACGACCGGCUUCCUCCCCGCUGGAGGGGCAAGGCAGGGUGAGUCGCAUGCUACAGAAAUUUGACAGGAAUUAUUAUGGCAAGCUGCAGCCCAAGUCACGCAGCACGGAAAACCUCCUGGACUUGGAUUCCAGUCCUAUCAGGCCAAGCUCCAGACCCAAGCCAGAUGUGGUGCCAAAAUGCCCAUUAUCUCCGCAGGCCGGUUCUUCACACAGUAAGGUCUUCCAAAAUGUCCAGUCUUCCAUGAGCAAUCAUCACGCCUCUCCUAGUGGCUCAGAGAGUAGUUCACCCGUUUCUGGAUCCCCUCAGCUAGUAUCUUCUGCACGGAGACGUUUCGAGGGGAGUGGGGGACGAAGUGUCACUGUGUAUCCCAAGGAGGACACUGAGAGGUCUCCGUCCAAGCCUGUUAGAGAACGGGACUGGGACAGCACAGAUGGGGCCUCCAGAGCCAAGGUGCCAUGCUCUCCAGAGAGCCACCGUGCCCGUGCCGACUGUACUCCUAGCCCCACAUCACCCCCUUUAUCGCCCAGUUUUGAGAUCCGCCCGUCCCCUCACCCGGAUCUUUCUCUUCUUCCGGCCGGUGAUCUACAGGCCCGUGCACUCGCCAACUUGCGACUCCAGUCUCGCAAUUCCUUCACCGUCAUUCCCAAGAGUCGAGCGGCCAUUUCGUCACCUGGCAGCACCGCCCCAUCCAGCCCUGUUCUUUCCCCCCCAUCCCCACGACCCCUGGUGGGUGUGGCAGCUUUAGAGCCCGCAGUGCCAACCCCCUCACCUGCUUCUUUCAUACCCUCCACACCAAAGCUUACAGAAAAGGUGACCAUAGAAGCCAAAACAGCGUCUCCGCAACAUACCCCACCUGCCACACCCACCUCUCCAGCCCCAGCUUCUCCACCCUCAAUUGGCUCACCCGUCAAACCAGUCCCAUCUCCGGAUGAUGAGCUGCCUAUCACAAACAUCGAUGAUAUAGUCGUGGAGCCCACGCCGCCUGUCCUGAGCCCUGCGGUACAGAGGCGCAAAGGAAAUACGUUUACAGUCGUUCCGAAACGGAGGCCCGAGGCCCAGUCUGGCCCUGCUGAGACCCCAGAAGUUGUCAAUGAAUCUCAGAGCACACCACAGGCCCCUUAUGCCCAUCUGGGAACCCUGAUUAAAAAGCGUUACCCUGCUGCAGAGGAGAUAGUGGUCAUUGGGGGCUACCUCUCUCUUGGGCGAUCCUGCCUCUCCAAGACUGGCUCAACAGGAAAAAAGCUGAAAAUAUCCUUCAACGAGUCCAGCCUGCAGAGCACUUUCGAGUACCCAUCGGAGAGCAGUGUGUGGGACAGUGGAGAGGACGAGGAGGAAGGAGAAGAAAAAGAAGGAGAAGAUGAUGGAGGGCUCAUUGCAGGGAGGAUAAGUAUUCCUCGCGCCAGCUACACCAGCUCACACACUCACUCCAACAACACCACUGAUCUUUCCAGUUACACACCCAAACACUCAGUGGAGUUUAACGCCUGGCAAGAACACAAGCUUGAUGAGUCUGAUACUUCACAGAGUACUGAGGAGGUUAUGCUGACGCCUGCUGAUAGCUCCUCUCUGUCAGACUUCAGCAGUGAACCAGCGCUCUACUUCUAAACCUUCCAGACGUCUGGAAAAUACGGGACCAACCGUUGCCUGCCUGCUAGCACCAGCCUGGAUGCAAAGAAACAACUUUCAGAACAAUGGGACCAGUAGCAACCAGCACGUAAACUUACAUUCUGUAUUCCAUGUCUGUGCGCCAUCAUCCUCAACAGCAGGACUGUCCUCAUAGCUGGUCCACGCAGCAGAUGUAUCACUCGCAUCCGCAUGUGACCUCCAGUUGCCACCGAUUGUGAUUGUGAUGGACUCUGUUAACAUGGAAAAUGGCUCAAAUAGCCAUUCCACUCUUGAAUUUCACUCUUUCAUCACAUACUUGCUCUUUGUAUGUAAUCCUCACCUCAUGAAAGUGACCAAAUUUCUAAAAGAGAGAAAGAUGAAAGACUGUCCUUAAAAUAGAGAAGGAAACUUGAGUGGGUGUAAUGGGACUCCAGAAAGAGGACAAUAAGAGGGUGAAGCAACAAAAAAUGAAAUGAGUGACUUGUUUAUGUAUGACUGGUAAAAGGGUGCCACAAUGCUUGUUCUUUGUGAUGUUUUUGUAUGUGCAUGUGUAGGUCUGUAUUGACAUGACUCCAAAACUAUAGAAGUCCUCCACUUUAGUUUCAUUUGUAUGCCUGUGUUUCGUUCAAGGUAGUCAUUUUUGAUGCACAGAAUGAUAUAUACUAUACAGCUGAAAUACUAACGAUGUUAUUCUAGAUCGGUUUUAUAGAGCAGCUCUUAAUUGGUGAACUGGCAAGCUCAUUCAUUUUUUUUGUGUGCUUUUUUCAUGGUAAUAGAAUUUAUUAAUCACUCAACAUUUUAUUCAUUGUGAUCAUUUGGAUCACACAUGCAAACAUAAAUGCAGUGAAGACAUGCCCAGGUUACAUUUCACCCCAAACUAAAAAAAAGAAAAUAUAUUUUGCUUAAAUACAAUUAAGGCUGUUAUUAGAACCACCAUUGUGACAUUUUUGUUAUUACAUUUAAACAUGUUUCCUUCCUACGUUCUCAUUUUUAUAAUGCAUGUGAGUUUUCUCCCCCAUUAUUAUCAUAAUCUAGUGUUUUUACACAAAAAAAUACUGCAGUGCAUAAUU